GUAACGUGCGUGUCAUUGGAAAAGAGAACUCGCUCCCGACACCAUGUUAUGCUUUAUUUUCAGUGUCCCAUGUUCAUGUCUCGUCUGCUCAUUUGGUCUUCCUCGCCACCCAUUCUCAUCAGCCCUGUUCCUUGUAUCAACCAAUCAGCUCUCCUGUCUCGUUCAGGGGCACCGAGUUGUCUCCCUGUUUUUGUAUGUUUUCUUUGAGUGGUGGUAGUAAGUUUUUCUUUUUUUUUUUGUGACUCAUUUUAUAUGUCAAUUAUUCAGUCAAAUAAUGUCUUUGUUUAUCCUUGGUCGGUCUUGCCUGGAGCCCCCAGGGGGUCUACAGACGCCCCUGCUCGGGCGUGAUGUAAUGAUUUGAAAAAUGGCCUUUCUUCUUGAAUUGUAUGUUUUGUUGUUGUUGUUGUACUUGCAUUCCAACAUUGUUUGACUAUCUGCUGCCGGACGUUGCAGUGACGUCACCGGAGAGCGAGGGAGGAGGGCUGAGGGAGGGCAGAGGGGCUCCACGGUGGCGAGUGUGUGUCUGUCAAGUGUCCGUGUGUUUCACAGAGGCGUGUUGAGUGGAAAUUGAACAUUCGGUGAGCUGACAGGAUUUGAAUUCGGGCGUCUGGAAAAAAACGCUUUCCGUCCCAAUUGUCCACGGGAGACACUUUUUCCACUUCACUCAGUCGAUGACACACUGCCCGCUGCUUUCUAUGCCGGCUAAAGUUCGACGUUGUCACCGCCGUUUCAGUGGAAAGAUGGUGCCAUUCUUUCUGCUUUUCUUCUUUGCUGCGUCAGCCUUGCUCGCUGCAUCUGCGCACAAUACAUCUGCUGGUUGUGCUAUCAUCCGUCCUCCCAGAGAUGGUGGUAUAAGAUACAGAGGCCUUACACAGGAGCAGAUUCGAAGUGUGCAGGUUCUCCCUGUUGACUACGAAAUCGAAUACAUCUGCAGGGGAAACCGUGUGAUUGUGGGACCUAAGGUCAGGAAAUGUUUGCCCAAUGGCACCUGGACCGAUCUGAACCAACAAAGUAGAUGCUUAUUGUUAUGCCCUCGUGUGUGGACAUCUUUGGAAAAUGGUCGAGUGUCUUCUUGGCCACCGGGACUCCCAGUGGAGGGAACUGUGCUGCACUAUAGCUGUCUCCCCGGCUUCAUCUUGAUGGGCCGGAACUCGACACACUGCAAUAAGUUGGGCAAGUGGGACACGCCCAAACCUGUGUGUCACUAUGACCGGCAUUUCAAAGCUCUCGGCAAGAAGAAGCUAUACAUCGGAGCUCUCUUCCCAAUGAGUGGAGGCUGGCCCGGAGGGCAAGCCUGCCUCCCUGCUGCUAAGAUGGCCUUGGCGCUAGUGAAUGAGAGGGCCGAUAUUCUUCCCGACUAUGAGCUGGAGCUAAUACAUUAUGACAGCAUGUGCGAUCCUGGAGAAGCUACCAAGCUGCUUUAUGACCUUCUGUACACAGAGCCCAUCAAGAUUGUACUGAUGCCUGGCUGCAGCUCUGUGUCCACACUAGUGGCUGAGGCUGCUCGCAUGUGGAACCUCAUCGUGUUGUCCUACGGGUCCAGUUCUCCAGCUCUGUCCAAUCGCCAGCGCUUUCCUACUUUCUUUCGCACUCAUCCGUCUGCUACGCUGCACAACCCCACUCGAGUCCAGCUCUUCCAGAAGUGGAGAUGGACCAAGAUUGCCACCAUUCAGCAGACAACAGAAGUUUUUACAUCCACCCUGGAUGAUCUCGAAGAGAGGGUGAAGGAGGCUAGGAUUGAAAUCAGCGUUCGUCAGAGUUUCCUCACUGAUCCUGCCGUGGCUGUCAAAAACCUCAAGCGUCAGGAUGCCCGGAUCAUUGUCGGCCUCUUCUAUGAGACUGAAGCCAGGAAGGUCUUUUGUGAGGUCUACAAGGAAAAACUGUUUGGGAAGAAAUAUGUGUGGUUCCUCAUCGGCUGGUACGCAGACAACUGGUUCAAAAUCAACGACCCAUCCAUCAACUGCACAGUGGAGCAAAUGACAGAAGCCGUAGAAGGUCAUGUGACCACUGAGAUUGUCAUGCUCAACCCAGAGACCGUACGAGGAGCCUCCAACUUGACGUCCCAGGAAUUUCUAGACCAACUGAUGUCAAAGCUGGGGGGUAAAAACUCAGAAGAGACCGGCGGUUUUCAAGAAGCCCCCCUAGCUUACGAUGCUGUGUGGGCCCUCGCUCUGGCUCUCAACAAGACUGUCGGACCUCUGAAGGCCAAGGGUCGUCGCCUGGAAGACUUCAAUUACAACAACCGAGAUAUAACCGCUGAAAUCUAUCGUGCCCUCAACACCAGCUCCUUCGAAGGAGUUUCAGGUCAUGUAAUAUUUGAUGCCCAAGGUUCUCGGAUGGCCUGGACACUAAUUGAACAGCUUCAAGGAGCAAGCUAUAAGAAGAUUGGAUACUACGACAGCACUAAAGGCAAUCUGUCCUGGUAUGGGAAUGACAAAUGGAUUGGUUCUGGACCACCUGCAGACCAGACAAUGGUCAUUGAGGAGUUCCGUUACCUGUCUCAGAAGCUAUUUGUGUCCAUGUCUGUGUUUUCUGGUUUGGGAAUCGUGCUGGGCAUCAUCUGCCUUACUUUCAAUAUCUACAACAGCAGCGUCAGGUAUAUUCAGAACUCGCAGCCAUACCUUAACAACAUGACUGCAGUGGGCUGCAUGAUGUCACUAGCGGCCAUCUUCCCUCUGGGCAUUGAUGGUCUUCAUGUCCACAGGAAGCAUUUUCCUGUCGUCUGCCAGUUUCGCCUGUGGCUGCUCGGUCUGGGUUUCAGCCUUGCAUACGGCAGCAUGUUCACCAAGAUCUGGUGGGUCCAUACUGUCUUCACCAAGAAGGAUGAGAAGAAGGAUAAGAAGAAGCACCUGGAGCCAUGGAAGCUCUACGCUACUGUUGGCAUCCUGCUUGGCCUCGACAUCUUGUCUCUCAUGAUAUGGCAGAUUGUGGAUCCUUUACAUAUCACAGUGGAGAAAUUCACCCGAGAAUCCCCUAAAGGAGACCUGGAUGUUUUAAUCCAACCAUUAUUGGAGCACUGCAGCUCUGAAAAAAUGAACACCUGGCUGGGUGUGGUGUAUGGUUACAAAGGCUUACUGCUGCUGCUCGGCAUCUUCCUGGCUUACGAGACUAAGUCUAUCUCCACGGAGAAAAUCAACGACCACCGAGCUGUAGGCAUGGCCAUCUAUAAUGUUGCUGUGCUCUGUUUGAUCACAGCCCCCGUCACCAUGAUCCUGUCUUCUCAGCAGGACGCUUCAUUCGCCUUCGCUUCCCUGGCCAUUGUUUUUUCUGUCUACAUCACCCUGGUGGUUCUGUUUGUUCCCAAGAUGCGACGCCUGAUCACACGAGGCGAGUGGCAAUCAGACGCCCAGGAGACGAUGAAGACUGGUUCAUCCAUGAACAACAAUGAUGAGGAGAAGUCCAGACAGCUGGAGAGAGAGAACAAGGAGCUACAGAAGAUCAUACAAGAAAAAGAAGAACGUGUAUCAGAGCUGAGGAACCAGCUGUCUGAGCGACAGGCCCUUCGAUCAAGGAGAAGACCAUCCACUGUCUCCAAUCAAAACCAUAGCAACCCACCGCUCGCCAUCCUCCCGACUGACCCCAGAUCACUGGCCCCGCCGCCGGGGUACCCUGCACCCACUUCGGACCUGCAUGCGGUCUCCCCAUCAUUUGGCAACUCAUCUAGCCUUUACCAGCCUGACAACAAAAUCAGCCGCAAUAACUGUCACACCAGCCGGCUGCAGAUGCUCUACAAAUGAGGUGAACAUGAUCUGAGGGUUUUCAUGACAUUCAUUGUACAUGUUGAUGAACAAAAUAAGGUACAACAUGUGGCCUUAGACAUCUGUGAAGCGCAGAAUUUUGCAUCUGUCAUAUCCUAGUGGGGUGUGACGCCAACUAGGAGUUCAGAUAAUUGUUCCAUGUUGACCGUUUGCUAAUCUUAUCCCCCUUAAGGACAGCGCUGUUGCUGAGACUUAUUCUUUAAGCAAGCCCUUCAGAUUAUGGCCCUACUGCUCCAUCAGAGUCAAAUUUAAAUAAUACUGCCUUCGAACAGAGUUUCUCCGCAUUCAAUCCAUAACUUCUUGAGGAAUGCCCUUUUGCUCUGGAUGCAGUUCAAAUGUAUGUAGUUGGUCGUCCAGGAUUCACACUCAGUAGACUUCAUGGUAAUGCAAAACAUAAUCGCAGUGGCACAUCCCACAGGUAAAGCGGGCGAAGUCGGAAGUGGCUCAUUUACAUGUCACAGCUCUUAAAUCGGCUUCCUCGUCAACACGUGGAUGUUUAGAUGGGGUGAGACUGUGCUGUCAUUCUGGAUCCUUCUGGUAUUGUGACACAGGUAUCUUGAGAACAGAUAUCAUUUCUGGAAAAAUGGCAUUUGUCACUUUUAAAUUCUGCACAUGCUGUAUGUACCAUCAUGCAGUGGUUUCCAAUCUUGUAAUUACCAAAAUACAGUAUAUUAAGUUGUACUUUUACAGGACAAAAAAGGAAUGAGAAUAACAAAUAAUGAAAAUAUGUUUCACAAACAAUGAAAUAGUAAAUGUUAUGGCACAUUAACACCAUUAUCUGUAUGAGCCGUUGGCUGUUAAAAUGUGAUUGUGCAAAUGUUUGUGUCUGUUCCUGAGGAAGAACUAAACGGACCGAAGUCAUCUCUUAGAAUAGACACCAGCUGACCCACACCCAAAGGAGAACAACCGAAACCUAACAAUGUAACAAUUCCAAGAUCAAAAUAAUGAAAAGUAGGAUAUGACAGCAGUAGCACAGGAACUAAUAUAUUUUUGUGACGCAGCUAAUCGCUUUGUGGCGUGCCAGUCAGCUGAUACCAGCUGAUUCAGUCAGCCCUCAUCAGUUGAUUACUCAGUAAUCACUUCGAAGCUUACCGCAGUGAUCUAAAAAAAAAGAUUAAAUGUCACAAUCAUAGGGAAGAACCGAGGAUCCCAAAACCUUACUUGUUUUUUUUACUCACGCUCACGUCCAACGCUAUCUUUGUCAUAAAUAGAGGGAAAUUCUUUCCUCGUCGGCUUAUGAUAGGUCAAGUCCAAUAACCUAUGCUCAUGUCAAUAUUCUAUUUUGAAAUUUGUCUUGAUUGUAUUGUCAACGCUGGAUAUACAUAUAAAACUGAUGACAAACACGUCCAAUGUUAAUAUUGGGUGAAAAAAGCCAACUCUCUUGCAAUGUUUGACCAUAACUUUAAGACCAGUUCCCUAAUGAGCAGUGGUUGGAAUUGUACUUAAGUACAGUCAUGUAUAAUUUUAGAUUUUUCAAUUAUCUGUACUUUAUUUCAGCAUGUACUGUAUUUUUGAUGACUUUUUACUCUUGCUUCCUACAUUUCAAAACCAAUAUCUGUAACUUGUAUUCCCACUACUCAAAAUUGACACGUUCGGUUUUUUUCAACCUUUACGGAUGAAAAGACAAUGUUAAAAACAAAGUAAAAUAGAUGAUGCCAUUUGGAUGUGGGGACGUGGAGCGAUCAGUGAAGAUGCCUCAUUCAUUUUCUGCUUGGAGGUGUACCAACACUUUGAAACGCCAAGUCAGAUCUCAAGGGAUUAAGACUGAACGCUGACUUUCAUUGUAUUUGGCCAUUAUAACAUGAUUUUGUGAAGAGAAUUUGCUGACUUUGUGGCUCCUACUAUGAAGUCCUACAGCUGCAUAAAACAGUACUGUGAAUUACUGCCUCUAAAAAAAAAAAACAAGUAUUCCAUAUAUGGCUAAAUUGCCCAAAGUAACCACAGUGAUGGCUUGAGAUACAGGUUUAAUUUAACCACGCUCACAAUCUCAAAUCAUCCAUUCCUACUGAAAUGAAUAGAAAUGCCAUUAAUCCGUGCCAGCCUGCCGCCAAAAAUAAAUUCAAAUAAUAAAUGGUUGUAAUGUG